AUGCUCUGCUUUACCCGCCAUGCCAACAGCGCCAGACUGUUGCCGCCCGAAGAGGCACAGCAAGCGCAUACCAUCCGGACUGGCCAAGAUAAACCAUACCCCUACCGAUGGUUCACCCCGGUAGCUCUGAUCGGAGCCACCAUCCUCCUUGUCCUACUCUCCGUCAUGAACUUCGUACAGAACAGCUAUCGUCUCGAAGUCACAUACGCUGACAACCCCAACUCAACAACCACCAACGGCAUCUGGUACAGCCACUGGCCCUCCUACCUGACCAACAGCGUCAGGCCCACCUGCCAGCCCGCCAACCUCCCCGUUGGGACACAAUUCUUCACGGACCAAACCGGCUUCACCUGGACCCUCACCAGCGUCUGGCAGCCUGGCAAACGAACCUCAGCCUCUCCGUCGCUCCCCUACCUCAACAACCCCCUCGAACAAUGCAACAUCCGCGACAUCCAAGUCUCCUUCGGCAGCUCCCAGCUCGUCCAGACCGCCCAAAGCCUGGGCACCAUCGUCACAUCUACCGACAUUCAAGUCCGCGCCUUCGUCACCUGCGGCAUCUGGAGCCCCACGGGCUACAUGAAAUUCAACGCCACAGCAAUGUACGACACCAUCUCCCCAAACGCCGUCGCCGGCACCACGGCCUUCGUGGCCCAGAACCCCGCCGCGAAAGCAAGUGUGUACUGGGCAGAAGUCUUGCUCUCAGCCUACUGGCUCCAAACAGACGGUAUAGCAGGCGGCGGGUACUUCUCAACCUAUUCUCCCUACGCAGGCAAAGGCCUCGUGGUGCUCUACCCCAACCCACAGCAACCCAACAUCACGGACUUGAAUUUCUUCAAUAUGACCUACACCUUCCUCUCCGCAAAGACCGACCACCCCGUCGACUUAACCCUCUCCUCCGGCCCCUUAGCCCCGCUAUCUCACUACGCGAACCGCGGACGUCUCUCCGACCUACUGUGGCGGCCUCUCGACGGCCUGACGAAGGCGAUGUACUCUGCCGUUCUAACCGAUCUGGGCCAAACCGACGCUCCCGCCGAAUCCAACAUCGUAGCCUCGGAGCAAGCGCUGCAGCAAUUUUCCACCAACCUCUCAGCAAUAGACUUCCUGUCCGACUUCUACCACCUUCCCUUAAUUGAAGACAGUGACUUCAACACCACUCAACACUCCGACGACGCAACUGGUAAGCUAGGUCUGACGAGAUCAGUUAUCUCGACGAAGUAUCUGUGCCAAGUCCCGCGGAGACGGCCCUGGGGCGAUGUGUUUAUUGCGGUGCUGCUGGCGGAUUUGGUGCUGUUGCAGGCGGCGUGGAAGUUGUAUACUUUUGCAGUGGAUCAGGCUAUGACAAGGGUGCGGGUAGGGAGCAAGUGGUGUGAGGGGUGCGUAGGGAAGGAGGAGGGAGGGGAGGAUGGGGUUGCGGAGGCUGUUGAAAGGGCGUGGGGACGGUGGUAUGGGCAUGCAAAGGGAGCGAGCGCGGAUGUGUCUGGUAUGCGGACUAGUGGGACGAGUUUUAGCUGA